GCGCGUGCGGAACUGAGGUUCCGCUUCUGCGUGUGCUCUGUGGCUGUUUCCAUUGAAUGACCUGGAAGGGUGAUGCCUGGGGCUGUACGGCGAACCACCCCGCAGUGGACCGGGGAUGGGGCUGAGGGUCGGGGGCCGUUAUAGCACUGCCGCCGGCAGAUACGCAGCUUCUGCCUCUAAACUUGGGCCUUAGGAGUAGGCAGGCAGCCGUGGUCCUGCGUGGGGUAAAUGAGCCCUGAUUUGGAGUCUCGGCCACACUCUUGCUGCAAAACGCUCCAGCAGAACUGCUGCCACGUAAAAGGUACCUUCGGGAAAUUUCGCUGGACGCCGCUGACGUUGACAAACCCAGUACCCCUGGGAGUUUCUCAGGCUUCCGGAAACGUUGAUCCAGGCAACAUGUCGGCUUCAGUGAAAGAAUGCCUUCAGCUUCAGCUACUGGAGAUGGAAAUGUUGUUUUCUAUGUUUCCUAACCGAGGAGAAAUAAAGCUUGAAGAUGUAAAUGCCUUGACGCAUGUAAAGAGAUACUUGGAAGGCAAAAGGGAGGCCCUGCCACCAAAAAUCGAAUUUGUGAUUACACUCCAGAUUGAGGAGCCCAAGGUGAAAAUUGAUUUGCAAGUAACCAUGCCUCACAGCUACCCCUAUGCAGCGCUGCAGCUGUUUGGACGGGCAUCUGAGCUUGACAGGCAACAGCAGCUACUUCUCAACAAAAGUCUCACUUCUUAUAUAGAGACUUUUGAUCAAGGUGAGCUCUGUGUAUGUGCAGCAAUUCAGUGGAUACAGGACAAUAGCGCAUCCUAUGUCUUGAACAAAAAGCUCGUUCAUGAACCAUCUGCACAAGUAAAGCAAGUCAAGAACACAUUCCUCCGAAUGUGGAUCUACAGCCACCAUAUAUAUCAGCAGGACCUAAGGAAGAAGAUUUUGGAUGUUGGGAAAAGGUUAGAUGUGACUGGGUUUUUCAUGACAGGAAAGCCUGGUAUAAUCUGCGUAGAGGGCUUCAAAGAGCACUGUGAGGAAUUCUGGCACACAAUUAGGUAUCCCAAUUGGAAACACAUUUCCUGUAAGCAUGCUGAAAGUAUCGAAACUGAAGGAAAUGGGGAAGAUCUACGCCUUUUCCAUUCUUUUGAAGAAUUACUCCUUGAAGCCCAUGGUGACUAUGGAUUAAGGAAUGACUAUCACAUGAAUCUGGGCCAGUUCUUAGAAUUUCUCAGAAAGCAUAAAAGCGAGCAUGUUUUUCAGAUAUUAUUUGGUAUUGAAAGCAAAAAUUUGGAAUCCUAGGAGGCUACUAAGAAGCUUGUAAUUUCACUAAGUGUUUCUGUUAAUAAGACCAAAAUAAAAGGGCAGGUGGCAGUUUAGCAUCCUCUGUGAGAAAUCUAGCUUCAGAAUUUUCACCUAAUAGUGAAACAGACCUUUUAACUUUACAACAGUGCAAUUGUGAUGUUACCUCCACGUUCUUGUUAAAUUAUAUGAAAACUACUUAUUGUAAGUUAAUAAAAACUAUCAGUUUAACUAGUGAAGCUGAUUGAUUAAAGAGAAGUCCAAAGCCCACAAUUAAUGUCAAAAAUCAAAUUGCAGUUACAAAUUCACAAAUACAAAUAACAUUUCUCCCUAUCAUGAUGCUAGUGCACAAGUGACAGACCAGAUUUUCUUUGAUUACUGGCAAUG